CCUGGGGUUCGUUUUGGGGCCCCAUGGGUGUCUUGCUGCUCGUCGGGCGGGGUGCUUAUAGGGCUGUUGGGGUCAUUUGUAGGUUUUUGGGGUCUCUUGUAGCCGGUUCCAGUUAAUUUUUCUUCUCGCCAGAGGCCAUUCCCCAGCUUUCGUGUGUAAGUGACACGGCAACACGGCCGGCUUUAUGUGCACAGUGGCGGGGACCCAAAUUGCACGGGAACAGAAGUCGCUUGGAAGGGCAUAAGGUCAUGCAAAAGAGAUGUUUCCUUUAAAAGACACGGAGAUGGGUGCCUCCACCUUCUUUGCCUCAGCUCUUCCUCAUGAUGUUUGUGGAAGCAAUGGCCUUCCUCUGACUCCCAACUCCAUCAAAAUUUUGGGGAGAUUUCAAAUCCUUAAAACAAUGACCCAUCCCAGGCUUUGCCAGUAUGUCGAUAUUACCAGGGGUAAACAUGAGAGGCUGGUUGUGGCUGCUGAACACUGUGAAGGGAGUCUGGAAGAUCUGCUACGAGAAAGAAAACCAGUCAGCUCCUCAAGGAUUUUAUGCAUAGCCUACGAGGUUUUACAAGGUUUGCAAUAUAUGAACAAACAUGGAAUGGUCCACCGAGCGCUCUCCCCUUGCAAUAUUCUUUUGGAUCGAAAGGGACAUGUCAAGUUGGCUAAAUUUGGACUAUACCAUAUGACUGGUCAAGGCGUUGAUGUUGAUUUUCCUAUAGGGUACCCGUCGUAUCUGGCACCUGAAGUAAUUGCACAGGGAAUAGUCAAACCAAGCGACCAUACUCAGUGUGAGAGGCCUCUGCCUUCUGGCCCUAAAUCAGAUCUGUGGUCUCUUGGCAUAAUACUAUUUGAGCUUUGCAUGGGGAGAAAAUUAUUCCAGAGUUUGGAGAUAGCAGAAAGAUUAAAAUUUAUAAUUAUGCUGGGCUGUGUAGAUGAUAUUGUAACAGUAUUAGCUGAAGAACAUGGUUGCCUUGAUAUUAUUAAGGACCUUCCUGAAAAUACCAUAGAUCUAUUGAAGAAAUGCCUUACGUUCCAGUCUUCUAAGAGGCCAACUCCAGAAGAAUUGCUGCAUGACAGUUUGUUCAGUGAAGUGUCCUUGGCAUACCCUCCCUUUCACAAACCUGCUGGUCUGUUCUCAUCUUCUCCAAGGUGUGCUAACUUAACGCUUCCUGAAGACAUAAGUCAAUUAUGCAAAGAUGAAGAUAGUGAUUACCUAGCAGAAAGAUCAAUUGAAGAGGUUUAUUAUCUCUGGUGUUUGGCUGGAGGAGACUUGGAGAAAGAACUUGUCAACAAGGAAAUCAUUCGAUCAAAGCCACCUGUCUGCACACUUCCCAACUUUUUAUUAGAAGAUGGUGAAAGCUUUGGGCAAGGACGAGAUAGAAGUUCCCUCCUAGAUGAUACAACUGUGACUUUGUCUCUGUGCCAGCUCCGAAAUAGACUGAAAGAUGUUGGUGGGGAAGCAUUUUAUCCAUUACUCGAAGAUGACCAGUCAACUUUACCUCAUUCAAAUAGUAGUAAUGAGCUGUCUGCAGCUGCCAGUCUUCCUCUUAUCAUCCGGGAGAGGGACACAGAGUAUCAGCUAAACAGAAUUGUCCUGUUUGACAGGCUCUUAAAGGCCUACCCGUAUAAGAAAAACCAAAUUUGGAAAGAAGCCAGGAUUGACAUCCCUCCUCUCCUGAGAGGCGUAACCUGGGCUGCCCUGUUGGGUGUUGAGGGUGCCAUACAAGCAAAAUACGAUGCAAUUGAUAAAGACACACCAAUUCCUACAGACAGACAGAUUGAAGUUGAUAUUCCUCGUUGCCAUCAGUAUGAUGAACUACUGUCAUCACCAGAGGGUCAUGCAAAGUUUAGGCGUGUAUUGAAGGCCUGGGUUGUUUCCCAUCCUGAUUUGGUAUACUGGCAAGGUCUUGAUUCUCUUUGUGCACCAUUCCUGUACUUGAAUUUUAACAAUGAAGCUCUGGCAUAUGCCUGCAUGUCUGCUUUCAUACCCAAGUAUUUGUAUAACUUCUUUCUGAAGGAUAAUUCUCAUGUUAUUCAAGAAUACCUAACAGUGUUUUCCCAGAUGAUUGCAUUCCAUGAUCCAGAGCUGAGUAACCAUCUUAAUGACAUUGGUUUUAUUCCAGAUCUCUACGCGAUUCCUUGGUUUCUUACAAUGUUUACACAUGUCUUCCCUUUGCAUAAAAUUUUUCACUUGUGGGAUACGUUACUGCUUGGAAAUUCCUCCUUCCCAUUCUGUAUAGGAGUGGCUAUACUUCAACAACUGAGGGAUCGUCUUCUGGCUAAUGGAUUCAACGAAUGCAUUCUCCUUUUUUCAGACUUACCAGAGAUUGACAUUGAGCGUUGUGUUCGUGAGUCGAUCAACCUGUUUCGCUGGACCCCGAAGAGUGCUACGUACAGGCAAUAUGCACAGCCUCCUCGACAAGCUGGUGAGAGCAAUGGCACGAGAAGUUCAAUGUCCUGCUUUUCAGCAGAUUAUCAGGAAGCACCUAGAAGUGACCUGUCUAGGGAUUCUAUCAAGCUGGAUGACCUGAAAGCAGAGGUGUCACCACGUAUUUCAGCAGAAGAUCUGAUUGACCUGUGUGAAUUGACAGGACCCAGUCAUUCCAAAACACCUGUAAAGAAAACAAAGCCUAGCAAACCAAAGCUGCUGGUGGUGGACAUUCGUAACAGUGAAGACUUUAACCGUGGCCACAUUUCUGGCAGCAUCAAUGUCCCAUUUGCAUCAGCAUUUACUGCAGAAGGAGAUCUCAUCCAGUGCCCAGCAACUGCCACGCUCCAGAGCUUUAAAGGAAGAGUUGUGGUGAUCGUAGGAAAUGCAGUGAAGAACACAGCUGCUUUUGCAGCUCAUCUAGUGAAGAAUAAAUACCCACGAAUCUGCAUUCUAGAUGGAGGAAUCAACAAGAUCAAGCCAACUGGUCUCCUCACUGUUCCUUCUCCACAAAUAUAAGUGACUGUAAAUGUUUGGGACAAUCUGUCUGAAUAGACAAGUCUUACAGUUCAGCAUGCAUAUCCUGAACUCAAAGGGCAUUAUGUUAUUUUCACUAUACAACCUCUCUGGAUGAUCAGUUGUCUUAGCUUGCAGAUCAAGAUCAGAGGUUUUACGCUUAUUCUUUGAUAAAGAGCUUCAGUUGGCACAGAUGGAAAAUGUGAAUCUUAAGGUUUUCUACAAAACUUCUUUCAGCAAUGAUGUAUUAUGUAACUGGCUGAGCUCACAGAAAGAGAAACUCAGCUAGCAUUUGGUUUCUUAGAAAUUUUUCUGCAGAAUGAAAUAAUCUGACAAGUGAUGGCUUGAAGCUGCGCUUAAAUAGAUUAUUCUUCAAAAGUAUUUUACUGUGAAUAUUGAAAGUAAUGAGCUGAAGUUGUGUCCUGUGUAUCAAAGAAGGAAAAAAUGUGUUCUCUUUUAUUUUGAAGAAUAAUUGCUGUAUCUUGUGACCUACUUUUGUUGUUGUGGUUGUUUUGAGAAGGCAUUUUUCAUCUGGAUUGGAAAUAAAGAUAUGUCCUAGAUUGGAGAUCACUGUAAGAGCUGCUGCUAAGUCAGUCCAAAGUGUAUCAUAUGCUGCAGAAGUGGAGAAGGCAUUUUCUUAUGUGGAGAAUUUAACAUCCAGUUUCCUGAAACAUGGCAAAUGUAACUGUUUCUGAAAAAAUUAUGUGUACCCCAAACAUUUUUUUUUAGCAAUGCUAUCUUACAACAAUAGAUCCUUUAUUCCACAAAUGCUAAUGUUUAUCCAUGUUAUUAGCUCACACCUUAAAAAGAAUCAAUGUAGUUGUAAUUUUCAUAUAAAACUAGUCUAGAGAAAUUACUGUUUUAUGAAUGUACUCUCUAAUUGGAAGUGUGAAGUUCUGUUUGGUUUAUUUGCAAUUCUUUCAGCUAGUGCUGCAGACUUUUUGGAGUCCUGUAAUUUAAAACUGACAGAUGAAGACAGCAAUCCUGUUUGCAAACUAAGUUUGCAAACUAAAAGGGAUCCAAGUGCUGCAGAUGAGUGAAAGCAGGGUUCUGCAAAGGGCAUAAGGCAACAGUCCACUAGAGGAUGUGGAAAUUACUUUGCAGUAAGAAGCCAGAAGUAUUGAAAGCACCAGUAGGGACAGGAAUUAACAUCUCUGUUGCAAGUAAGCUAAGAAUACAUGUGAUUCAGACAGAUUUGGGGGAGAUGUUUUAAAACAAACAAAAAAACACCACUGUAUUUCUCCCCCUCAAAAUCCCAGAUUAACUUUCCUAGCAUGUCAGCUCCGUUACUCCAAAAAUAAUAUGGGGGAGGUGUGGAGGGAUUCUAGGAAAAUAAAAUAAACUAGUUCAAGAACGCUACUUGAAAAUAGUACCUUUAAUCCAGGAAAAGCAGUUCUUAUGAUUUAAGACUGACAGGAUGGCUCUGACAUUAAAUGGGAAGUUGGAAUAAUUUACUUUAGACAGAAGGGAAGAAGAAGCUUUUACAUUUCUGUUUCUACAUUUUUCAAGUUUAGAAAACGUUGUGACACUUGGGUAUAAAAUAUAUUUUGUAAAACAAACAGAAUGACAAAGAGCUGCUCACUUGGUUACAGUCACACGUUAGUUUUUAUUGUAAAUUUGACACUAUUUUUGCUCUUUGUUAGAGCAUAGCCUGACACAGAGGUUUACACAAUAUGACCUCACUGUUAGGGUAACAAGGAUUUGCUCUGGAAGAUACGAUUAUCAUAUGCCUUACUUGAGGAUUUUCAGUCAUGAACAGUAUAUAGUUUGGCAAAUAAGAACAUUGCAGCAACUAAUUUUAUUUUAUUUUUCCUUGUCACAAGAGAUUUCCAAAGCUGAGACAGUUGUGAGAGGGGAGGAGAGGAAAGAAGAGGUCGCUGAGAAGGCUGUGAACCCAGGUCAUGAAUAUUCUCUGUAGAUCACAGGCAAAAUAUAUAUAUUUAAUAUCUGU